UUCAAAGCCGGGUGCGCAGUUUGCUGGUCGUGUUUUGCUCGAUGGCGUUCUUAAAAAUUUUGCUUCUUGCAUCUAUACUGGGAAUAGCGAUAUGGAUUGGAACCAACACGAUGUUUCCGGGUUCGCCUCCAGAAUUGGAUCUUAAUGAAUGGUGGGGAGCGAAAGAUUUACGAGGAAAGCUAGACUCUAGCAUUAGACCAUUUAAAAUUAAAUUUACAGAUGAGAUGAUAAAGGAUCUCAAAUCCCGCCUGUCGAACCACCGUAAGCCGGCCCCCGGUCUGGAGGGCGCGGCGUUCACGUACGGGUUCAACAGUGGCCGGUUGUCGUGGUGGACCCGGUACUGGUCGGAGCAGUACCCGUUCCUUGAACGCGAACAGUUCCUCAACAGUCUGCCGCAGUACGUCACCAACAUACAGGGACUCGAUAUACACUUCAUCAGAGUCAAGCCUAAGGUUUCUAAAGGAGUCACCGUUGUUCCUCUCCUGCUGAUGCACGGCUGGCCUGGGUCUGUGAGAGAGUUCUACGAAGCCAUCCCUCUUCUUACAACCCAAACUGAGGGUUACGACUUUGUCUUCGAAGUCAUAGUUCCUAGCCUACCUGGCUAUGGAUUCUCUGAAGGAGCAGUUCGCCCUGGACUUGGGACAGCCCAAAUUGGGGUAAUCAUGAGAAAUCUCAUGAACAGAUUGGGUCAUAAAAAGUUCUACAUCCAAGGGGGUGAUUGGGGAGCGAUCAUCGCUGACGCUAUGGCAACUUUGUUCCAGGGUGAAAUAUUGGGCAUGCAUUCCAACAUGUUGAUGGUUGAGAAUACUUGUUCCACUUUGAAAAGACUGGUCGGUGAGUUUAUUCCGUCCUUGAUCGUCGACUCUCAUCUCGCGGACAGGAUGUAUCCUCUUACGAAAUACAUUUCGUAUCUAUUGGAGGAGUUUGGUUAUUUCCAUUUACAAGCAACCAAACCUGAUACAGUUGGCGUUGCUUUAUCCGAUUCUCCAGCUGGGUUGUUGGCGUACAUCCUGGAAAAAUUCUCAUCCUGGACUCGUAUGGAACACCGCUUGAAGGAAGACGGCGGACUAACCUUCCGCUUCACAGCCAAUCAGUUGAUCGACAACCUCAUGAUGUACUGGACCUCAAAUUCUAUCACCACAUCCAUGAGGCUGUACGCUGAAAAUAUGAGCAGCAAAAAUCGAGCUCUCGAUAUUGGAAGAUAUUAUUCUACAGUCCCAGCUUGGGCACUCCAAGCUAAAAACGAGCUGUUCUAUCAACCGCCACACAUGAUAAGGUCCAAGUACUCCAACCUCCUCGGUGUCACUGUCCUGGACGAUGGCGGCCAUUUCAUCGCCUUCGAAAUGCCGAAGGUCUUCGUUGAAGACGUCUUAAAAGCCGUGAAAGCAUUCAGACAGUUCCAUAAAACGAAGACGGAGUUGUGAUUUCUUUGUUACGAAACUUUUUCCUUUGUUUUUUUAAUAUUUUUUUAUUAAAAUGAUUUCUUAUA